AUGACGCCUGAACAUCCUGAUUUCGACGUCUUCUACGACUCUCAGGCAACUCAUCAACAUCUCUUCACGCGACAGAAUCCCUGGGAUCGCAUCACCCAACCGAGUGUCCUUAUAUCCUGCCUUAUCAUUGUCGUCACCCUUUCGUACAACUUAUAUGCUUCCACGACUACCGUUCAAGAGUCAAUACGCUUGCUGGGGACAAGUCUCUGGGACGCCUUGGUAUUUGUUGUCCCCGAGAGGCUCUUGGAUGCUAUAGAUACGCCCGAAACUUCGACCAAUUCCACAACCUCGCAGCCGAUGUUGCGCGCCGAACGAAGCCGACAUGCCGUCAAGAGCGACAAGAUGCGAAGGGUCCUCGGACUGGAUCGCUCUGGUGGUGUUAUGUCCUCGGUGCUUCAGGUUAGAAGCCGCGCCCUCUCUUUGACAGGUAGUGUUCUGGGAUUGAAGGGCGAGUCGUCUAGUCCACCUGGCCUUGGCAACAUGGACAAUUCAUGCUACCAAAACAGCAUUCUUCAGGGACUCUCAUCUCUUAAGCCACUUCCCGAGUACCUUUCUUCCUACCUCGAGGCUUCCGACGAUAGCGGUGAUCACGAUGUUGCGCAGACGUUACGAACAUUAAUUACCGACCUCAACGAUGGAUCAAAUUACGGAAGAACAUUAUGGACCCCUGGCGUACUCAAAUCGAUGAGCACCUGGACACAACAGGACGCUCAGGAAUACUAUUCUAAAAUACUGGACGACAUUGAUAAAAGUGUUGCUAGGGCUGUCAAGAGCACUCAACCUCAGCAUCCCGGUCUUGCGGCCAAGAUAGAAAAGGACGAUGCGACUCCGAGCGAGCACAGCGACGACAGUGGUUAUCAGAGUAUAAUCAAUUCGCCUGAAAUCAACUUGCCCCACAACCCGCUGGAGGGUAUGCUGGCGCAGAGAGUGGCCUGCGUGCAGUGUGGACAUUCUGAUGGACUAUCCAUGAUCCCUUUCACAUGCUUGACGCUAAGCCUGGGUUUGAACAAGAACCAACAUGACUUGUAUGAACGGUUGGAUGCGUAUAGUAAAGUUGAAGCGAUCGAAAAUGUUGAGUGCACCAAGUGCACUCUACUCAAGACUCGGCAACAAUUAUCAGCAAUGUCAAAGAAGAUGCAGGAUAGCGGGGCAUCCAACGAGAAGCUCGCAGAGCAUCUGAAUCAGCGACUGGAAGCAGUCGAAUUGGCCUUGGAAGAGGAUGACUUCGACGACAAGACACUGACAGAGAAGUGUAAGAUUUCGGCUCAGAACAAAGUCAGCUCAACCAAGACCAAGCAAAUUGUCAUCUCUCGACCACCAAAGAGUUUGGCGAUCCAUAUGCAACGAUCGGUGUUUGAUCCCUCUACCUUCAAUAUGAUGAAGAACUCGGCGCCAGUCGAUUUUCCUAUGACACUGGAUCUUGCUCCUUGGUGCUUGGGCAGUACCGGCUCCAACCCGUCGGAUGAAAACUCGAAGUUGGAGGAAGAAUGGGUUACUGACCCUCGAAAGUCAAUGGUGGCCGGCGAUCAGGGUUCUAGUAAACUCGCAGGCCCUAUUUAUGAGCUUCGCGCUGUAGUGACACACUAUGGCCGACACGAGAACGGCCACUAUAUCUGCUAUCGCAAGUUCCCACGACAAAGCCCUCCCACCAAGGUGGUUGAGGAUGAUGAACCCGAUAGCAAGGCAGACGCCAAGACGGAACCCCGUACGGACGAAAAAGAAACAGACGAGCCUGAAAUGGAUUGGUGGCGGUUGAGCGAUCACAAUGUUUCGCAGGUCAGCGAAGACGCGGUUUUGAACCUUUCCCCUGGAGUAUUCAUGCUCUUCUACGAUUGCGUAGACCCUAGCAUGGUCAUGAACGACGAAGACGAUGUCAGUAUGCAAGACGCCGUCGACGUCACGGAUGUAGAUGCCGCAAAUGGGGUGGUCGAUGCAACGGAAGAUAUCACCCCAGUUGUCCAGGGGCUCGAAAGUCAAAAGGCUAAUGGGAAACCAAAGGAGCUAUCUGAAAAUGAAGAAGGUGCCACGUCAUUCAUGGUAGAUGAACAGUCUGUUGAAACGAUAACGCGCGGCUCAGAUCUGAUUGCUAACGCACCUUCACUGGUUCCCGUUGAGCCUUGA